AUGAUGUCUUGCUCUGUUUUUAAUCGUGGGUGGCGUGAUAAUAACGGUAUAUUGAACAAAGCAACGGUGGAACAUAAAAUAUUACCAGUCUUGAACGAAAGACUUGGAUGCCAAAAAACCCACAAGCAUUACUCAAGCAGAAUCAAGUUCUUGAAGGGUCAGUAUCAGUGCUAUGUGGAUCUUUUAAACAAUAGCUCAGGCUUUGGCUGGGAUCCUGUCAUGAAAAGAUUGGUGGCUUCUAACGAAGUAUGGAAUGAAUAUUUGAAGGGACACCCAAAUCACAAGUUCUUAAGAUAUGACUCCAGUGAACAAUUUGAUGAUCUGAAAAUCAUAUUUGAUUGUUCAACCGCUAAUGGUAGUUCUUCGAUUGGCUUGGGUGAUACAACAGAUGCUCGUACCUUUACGGUUAGUGACAGUCAAGAACAAGAGAACUUGAAUGCUGAGGACAUCAAUGAAGAUGUAUAUGGUCAGCAACCAUCACCAGAAUAUGCUGUCAAAAGGCGUGUCGAAAAACUUGUCUCGAGAAAACGAUCUCGACCUGACGCAUCUAGCAGUUCUGUUGAGAUAAAAAAUGAUCAAACUGAUGCUAUGGUAGUGAUGACCAGCAAGAUCCUUACAUGCAUACAACAGAGAGAAGAAAGGCAACAAAAAGAAGUUGAGAAAAGAGAAGCUGAAAAGAAGAAAAACAGUGUUUGGGAUGCUAUGAAAGAAGUUCCUAACUUGGCUCAGCAUAUCAAGUUUAAAGCGUCUGCAAAAGAAUCUUUACGGUGUUAUGGUGUUUACAAAAGUAAUAAUGUUUAUUAG